UAGGAAUGGUCCAAAUUUUAGCAAAAAAAAAAAAAAAAAAAAAAAUUAGGAAUGGGGAACGCAGCUAGAGUGACUUCGGAGAAGCUUUGCCGAGUAGUAUACACUUUUUGCUCCCAAAAGAAAGAAAAUCCCAUAAGGAGCGGAGUGGUAGCUAGUGAGUGACACAGUGGUGUGACUCAAAUCUUCCUCCUCCUCUUUCGCUAGGGUUUCGUUUUGAGGAAAGUAUCCAUCUUUACUUCCGUUCAUCCCAAUUCAGAGAAUCCUUAUAACAGUCUUCUAAGAUCUCACCUCUCUCGCUUCGCCCCUUUGCUUCUACCCAAUGGAUGAUGGAACGUUGCCUGUGAAGGUCUCUGGCCACCAGGGCGAUGCUUCGUCUGUCUCCAACAGUCCCCAUGAUAACGUGAAUGGCACCAACAACAAGGUCGAUGCUUCGUCAGUCUCCAAGAGUCUCCGUGAUAAUGAGGUUUGGUAUUUUUCAAGAAAAGAAAUUGAAACGAACUCACCAUCAAGACGAGAUGGUAUGGCUUUGAAAAAGGAGACUACCCUACGCAAGUCUUACUGUAGGUUUCUCAAAAAUCUUGGCGUGAGAUUGAAAGUUCCUCAGAUAACGAUAGCCACUGCUAUAGUAUUCUGUCACCGCUUCUUCCUUCGUCAAUCCCACGUAAAGAAUGACAGAUGGACAAUUGCAACAGCAUGCAUGUUUCUUGCUGGGAAGGCUGAGGAAACACCACGGGUUUUACAAGACGUUGCUAUUGUCUCUUAUGAGAUAAUACACAAGAAGGAUGUUCCUGCAGCUCAGAGAAAGGAAGUAUGUGAGCAACAGAAAAAAUAUGUGUUAAGCGCAGAGGAGCUAGUUCUUUCUACAUUAAACUUCGAUCUCAGUAUUGGUCACCCUUAUGAACCUCUUAUACACGCAAUUAAGAAAUAUAAGGUUGAAGAGGUUAAGGCCCAGUUUCCUCAAGUUGCAUGGAGUUUUGUCAACGAUUGUUACGGGACGACACUCUGCCUGCAAUAUAAGCCUCGUCAAAUAGCAGCAGGUGCUUUCUUCCUUGCUGCUGAGCACCUAACAGUGGACUUACAAUCAUACGGAGAGGGCUUGUUUCAAGAGUUUGAUAUCACACCUGUUCAACUAGAGGAUAUCCGUGGCCAAAUGCUUGAACUUUAUGAGAAAAAGCAUGUUUCUACAACUCAAGGAAGCAUAGUGGAAAGGAGUAACGGUGGAGAGAGGGUGCAUCAACCUGUCUCAAAAGAAGUGGCUUCCACAGAUAAAUGUCCACCAAGUUCUGAUACUGGAGGAGGAGGCCCAUCGGAAGUCAAUCUAAGCCAGAGCAAUGACCAUUUGAUGCACGGUGAUGAGUCUAGGCCUGAAGGAACUGAAAAUGCCAACUCAGAAAGAAAAGCUGGUGAGAAUCAAGAUGGCUAUUCUAUUCAGAUAGUAACUUCUGAGACAAUCGAUGAUGUUGGGAUCAGCAAAGACUUGCAAGUGCGUCCAGAGGAGGUGGAGGGUAAAGGAGAGAAAGAUAAGAAGACAACUGAGGAAGGUAUAAAAGAAAUGGGUUCGAUGGAGGAGAAUGAUUUGUCUGAAAGAGAAGUAGAAGAUGUGGAGCUGCGUGAUGAAGAUGACAAAACAGUGGAGAUGGGAAGUCAAAGCUCUAUAAUAGCAACACCAGUGUAGAACACAGUGAGAUUCUAGAUGCAGACCACUCAGGUGCUCAUGUGGUGAACUAGUAGUGGUUUAGAUAUUUUUUUUUUUUUAGUUUAGCUUAGAAGCUUGGAAGAACGGUUUUGGGCACUGAGUAGGAGAAGUUUUUGGAGAAAAAAAAGUCAUAGUUUCAAGAUUCUUAGUAGAGCCUUAACAAUGGUGAAUAUAAUGUGCAAUUCUACCAUGUUUCUAACUUCUUACAGUUACUAUGAAAUUAGAUUGAA